AUCAUGUUUAUCAACAUGACUAGUGACUAAAGCUAACCAAAACGUAUAACAACAAUAAACAACAAGCAUUGUACAUUAGUCAAUAAUGGGAAAAACAUCAAAAGAUAAACGAGAUAUAUAUUAUCGACGAGCAAAAGAAGAAGGAUGGAGAGCAAGGAGUGCUUUUAAAUUGCUUCAAAUAGAUAACGAAUGUCAUAUUUUAGAUGGAGUAAACAAAGCUGUGGAUUUGUGCGCUGCACCCGGGAGCUGGAGUCAAGUUUUAUCACGAAGAUUAAAUGAGAAUUAUAAAAAAGCUUUGGAAACAGGAAAUGCAAUACCUCCAAAAAUAGUUGCAGUUGAUUUACAAGCUAUGGCACCAUUGGAAGGAGUGAUUCAAAUUCAAGGAGACAUUACGAAUAUUGAUACUGCAAAACAAAUUAUCUCUCAUUUUGAUAAUGAACAAGCUGAUUUAGUAGUUUGCGAUGGAGCACCUGAUGUGACAGGUUUACAUGAUAUGGAUAUUUAUAUCCAAUCUCAGUUAUUAUUAGCAGCUCUGAAUAUUACUACUCACAUAUUAAAGCAAGGAGGCACAUUUGUUGCAAAAAUAUUUAGAGCUAAAGAUGUGACUUUGCUCUAUGCUCAACUAAAAAUAUUUUUCCCCUAUGUCUAUUGUACGAAACCUAGCAGUUCUCGUAACUCUAGUAUUGAAGCAUUUGUAGUUUGUAAAGAUUAUUCACCACCAGAAGGUUAUAAACCUCAUAUGAUGAAUCCUCUUUUAACACAUAAACCAUGUGAUUUUAAUGACCUUACAGGAAUUAAUAGAGUUAUUGUUCCAUUUGUUGUUUGUGGUGAUCUUAGUCAGCCUGAUUCUGAUACGUGUUAUCCAUUGGAUUUUGAAGGAAAAACAUAUACUUAUCACGAACCGGUCCAAACACCGAUUUCACCACCUUACAAAGAAGCACUCAGUUUGAUGGAAGAUAGAGAUACCGAUUUCAGAAGAUUCGAUGUUAAUGUAGUUGUAGAUAAUUUAAGUUCAUUGACUAUUGAGGACUUUAAAAAACAAGCGAAGCAAAAACAUAAAGAGAUAAAUGAAACUAAAAGGAUCGAAUUGCAAGAUAAUAAAAAAGAUGAUAGCGAGGAAGAUAUAUUGGGACUUGACAAGUUAAUGCCCACCGAAUUAUUUGAUGAAUCUGAAAAUAAAAAUAAUGAUAAUAUGUAAAAA